AUGUCUGCAUCUGUACCCAUGCCUGCAUUUUUUCUUCCAACGGUCGGAGAACCCACUGUUCCGUUUUCUACAUGGAAGAAAAUCUUCCAAAACUACUUGCUUGUUAUCGGAGCACAGGGUGAUGCAUGGCCUGAUGCCAGAGUUUGUGCAGUUUUAUUACAUUGUCUCGGUACGGAGGGCCAGAGACUUUUCUACACACUGCCAAAUGGAGGUACGACUUAUAAUGAAGCCAUGGCGGCUCUUGAUGCUCAUUUCACGCCCAAAGUGAACGUCGUUGCUGCACGCCAUAAAUUCAGACAACGCGCACAGCGCUCGGAUGAAACCUCUCCUGACAAAAUCCGCUGCCAAGUAGAAUUGGAAGCACCACAAGGAAACAAAAUUCCAGUGGAAUUAAUUGUGGAUACAGGAUCAAGUGUGUCCAUCCUGCCUGAAACAUUAUUCAUGAAACAUUUUGCAAACUGUGAGCUGAAAGAACCUCAAGUGAGAUUAGUCACAUAUUCACGUGAGCACUUACCCACCUUAGGCUGUUUUUCUGCUUCUGUGUCAUAUGAUGGGGCUGCAACCAAAGCCAAUUUCUAUGUGGUUAAAACGGGAUCACCACUUUUGGGCAUGGACUUGAUUAAAGCCUUAAACUGUCACAUUGUGGGAGGUAGUAUUGUUUCAUCAUCAGCUCCUGUUGUUUCACCUGUGUCAGAAAUAGAUCAUACAGCAGCCAGCUCGUUGGGCUGUGUCAAAGGCUUUGUGCACAAAGUACAAAUUGAUCCGUCAGUUAAACCAGUGCAGCACAAACUACGCAGAUUACCGCUGAGUGUACGGGAGGAAGUUUCUAAGGAAAUAAAUCGCUUACUGAGAGAUGGAAUAAUUGAAAAGAUCGAUGCUUCGCCGUGGGUGUCAUCAAUCGUUGUAACUAAAAAGAAAUCUGGGGAAAUUCGUGUGUGUGUGGAUUUGAGAGAACCUAAUCGGGCUGUAAUUACUGACUGCUACCCAUUACCUCAUAUGGAGGAUCUUUUCACGGAGCUUAGAGGUGCUACUGUGUUCUCUCAAAUUGAUUUGCAAAGUGCAUACCACCAAUUACCUUUACAUGAGGAGAGUCAAAAUUUGACUGCAUUCAUCACACACGAUGGAUUAUUUAGAUUCACUAAGGUUCCCUUCGGAUUGGCUUCGGCGCCCUCUGCCUUUCAAAAAAUGAUGAAAACAGUUCUUGAGGGUCUACCAGGCGUACAGAAUUACUUAGACGAUCUCAUCGUGUACGGCCGAGAUAAAGCCACCCACGACAUUAAUCUACAGGCAGUGCUCGCACGACUUACAAACAUUGGUCUGAAACUCAACAUGGAGAAAAGCAAAUUUGGCCAGAGCAGAAUUCGAUAUCUAGGCCAUGACAUUUCCAAAGAUGGACUACAUCCUAACCCUGACUCAGUGGAUGCUAUUGCAAAUGCCCCGGCACCAACAGACCUACCCUCAUUACGGUCCUUUCUGGGUCUUACGUCUUGGUUUAGCAAAUUCAUUCCGAACUAUGCAAUGGUAGUUGAGCCCCUGCGUGAGAUACUCAGAUCAUCCCAGAAUGGAUUUACAUGGACUGAGGCAGCUGAGGACAGUUUUCGGCGGCUAAAACAGCUGUUAACCCACAGCCCGGCCUUAGCUUUAUUUGACCCUGCCUUACCAACACUCGUGUCCACCGAUGCUUCAGAUUAUGGCAUCGGAGGUGUUAUCACCCAACUGCACCCAGAUCAUACAGAACGUCCAAUAGCAUUUGCUUCCCGCACGUUAACGCCAGCUGAAAGAAAAUACAGUACAGUCGAGAAAGAAGCAUUAGCGUGUGUCUGGACAGUAGAACGCUGGAGGACUUACCUUUGGGGCAGGAAGUUUACACUGAGGACGGACCACCAAGCACUGACCACAUUACUGGCCACAAGAGGGAUGAACAGAGCAGGAAUGAGAAUAGCUCGCUGGUCAGCCAGACUACUUUGUUUUAAUUACAAUCUGGAGUACAGACCAGGUAAAUCAAACUUUGUAGCUGAUUGUUUGUCUAGAUUACCACUACCUCAUUCCGAUGCUGGCCAGGGUGAGGAACUGGGCCUUAUCGCAGAGAUUUCAAAGGACAUCUCAAGAGCUAUUCCAAUGAAGGAACUUCUUGAUGAGUGCAACUCUUGUCCAGAAUUGUCCAAGCUGCAUUCCCAAAUCAUACAAGGAUGGCCUAAAACACUGAAACAAAUGGAUCCAACAAUCACGGCAUACUUUCCUAUCAGACAUGAACUAGCUGUGGAUGAUAAGUAUAUCAUGAGAGGACAGAGAUUGGUUGUGCCAGUUACUUUGCGCUCCAAACUCAUUCACUUAGCACAUGAGGGACACCAAGGAGUGGUACGAACUAAGCAACGGCUAAGAGAAUUGUACUGGUGGCCUCGUAUGGACUAUGAGGUACAUUCAAUGAUUGCUGCUUGUUCCGCCUGUCAGUCCUGCGAUAAAACCGCCCGGACGUGCCCAGCUCCUUUGCAGCCAGUGGACUUUCCAGAUGGUCCAUUUCAGAAAGUUGCAAUAGACAUUGUAGGACCGUUUGAGAGAGCCACACAUGAUUGUCGUUUUGCUAUUACAAUGGUGGAUUACUAUAGUAAGUGGCCUGAGGUUGCAUUUACCUCAAAUGUUACAACUGACACGCUUACAAAAUUUCUAGCAUCUGUGUUUGCAAGAGAAGGUAACCCACUCACCUUAGUCAGUGAUAAUGGUCCUCAGAUGAUUUCUACCGCAUUUGCUGAUUUCCUGGCUGAAAGAGGAAUAAAACACAUUCGUUGCAGUGUUUACUGGCCCCAAGCGAAUGGUGCUGUGGAGAGAUGGAAUCGUGUUUUAAAGAACUGUAUUCAAGUAGCUGACAUGCAACAGCUUCCCUGGAAACAGGCAGUCACUGAUUUCCUCCAAAAUUACAGAGCUACCCCACACGCAACCACAGGGGUGUCACCAUUUGAGUUGUUAAGAGGGAGAAAGAUGCAUACAAAGUUAAACACUUUGUCAGCCACAAAAGCUCAAGGACAGGAAAUGGCAAUGGGCAUACGUGACCGUGUGCGGCGAGUUCAGCAAAAGAUGAAACAGUAUACAGAUCUGAAACGUGGAGCUAAAACCCCGCCUUUCAAGUGUGGAGAUCGUGUACGUGUAAGAAAACCAAGGCAUGUACCAAAGGCUGGAAGGAAGUUCACUGUUCCUUUGUCAGUGGAAAAGAAACUAGGAUCAAGCACUUAUGUUUUGAGUGAUGGAAGGAAAUGGAAUGCAGCUCACUUGUCUCUUGUCCCAGAAAACACUCAACCUACAAUAGAGGAUGCUCAGGUUAACCCCGGAACUGAAAAUGUUGUGCCUGAACCAGUUAGGGGCACACGAGCCAGACAGCCUCCGGUAUGGUUAAAAGACUAUGUGGCUGAGUAA